AUGUCCUCACGCUUCCCUCUCCGAUCACCACUACCAACUCCCCGAGACAGAUCCUACGUACAGUCACCGACAUCAUCCCAUCACAUGAAAACAAUUUUUGCGACAACAUCCACAACACAGCCACCAACUCUCGCCGUUAAAAGCUCCCCGCAGCAAAAGACAAAGAUUCGAGCAAACCCAUCCUUACUAGCCGCCGUCUUCAAUGGGCUCGACCACUUCAUCAACAACUUCAUCGACCCUCCCCUCCUACCAGCCACCGACCCAAGGUACGUUCUCUCUGGAAACUUCGCCCCCGUCGACGAGCUUCCCCCGACUGAGUGCGAGGUGGCUGAGGGAACUCUCCCGCCGUGCCUCGCCGGAGCCUACAUCCGCAACGGCCCCAAUCCACAUUUCCUACCUCGCGGCCCUUACCACCCAUUCGACGGCGACGGUAUGCUCCACUCGGUCCGCAUCUCCUGCGGCCGGGCCACCUUCUGCAGCCGGUACGUGAAGACUUACAAGUACACCAUCGAGCGAGACGUUGGCCACCCCGUCUUUCCCACCAUCUUCUCGGGAUUCCACGGCGUCGCCGCCGCAACUGCCCGCACCGUUCUCGCAGUCGCACGAAUCCUCGCCGGUCAAUUCAAUCCCCGCAACGGCAUUGGUUCCGCUAACACCAACGUCGCUUUCUUGGGCAACCGUCUUUACGCCCUCUGCGAGUCGGACCUCCCUUACGCCGUCCGUCUGACUCCCGACGGGGACAUCGAGACCUUGGGCCAACAUAGUUUUGGUGGAAAGCUGGUCGCGAGUAUGGCCGCGCACCCAAAAACAGACCCGGAUACGGGCGAGACAUUUGCGUUCCGGUACAGCCUGUUUUCCCCAUUUUUGACCUUCUUCCACUUUGACCCACUAGGAAAUAAAAGGCCAGACGUCCCAAUUUUCUCCAUGCACGACCAAUCCUUCUUCCACGACUUCGCAAUCACCAAAAACUACGUCGUUUUUGUGAACAUACACCUAGGGUUAAGACUCGGGAAACUGAUCCGUGGAGGAUCCAUUGUUGGGGGAGACCCGACUAGAAUUCCCAGGCUCGGAAUCAUCCCGCGAUACGCGAAGGACGACGCCGAGAUGAGGUGGUUCGACGUACCUGGGUUCAACAUCCUGCAUGUGACUAAUGCAUGGGAGGAUGACGGAGACGACUGCAGCGAAGCGGUGGUGGUGGUCGUGGCGCCGAACGUGGUGUCGAUGGGGGACGAAGACGAAGUGUUGGAAAGGCUGGAUUUAAUGCAGACGCGCAUGGAGAAGUUGAAGCUGGAGGUGGAGACGGGGAAGGUGACGAGAUAUUCGAUGUCGAGGAAGAAUAAUCUAGAGUUGGCCACCAUGAAUCCGGCCUACGUGGGGAAGAAGAACAGGUACGUGUACGCGGGCGUGGUGGAUCGGACGCCGAGAAUGAGUGGGGUGGUGAAGCUGGAUGUGUGGGCGGCGGGAGGGGAGGAGCGGGAGUGCACGGUGGCGAGUAGGGAGUUCGGGUCGGGAUGGUAUGGGGGGGAGCCGUUGUUUGUUGCGAGGGAGGCGGAUGAUCCGACGGCGGCGGAGGACGACGGGUACUUGAUGUGUUACGUGCACAAUGAGGAGGAGAAUGAGUCGAGGUUGCUGGUGAUGGACGCCAAGUCGCCGCGGCUUGAUGUUGUGGCCGCCGUGAAACUGCCGCAGAGGGUGCCUUACGGCUUCCACGGACUAUUCGUGGGGGAGAGUGACCUCAGAAGGCAGAAUCGCGUGCGUUAA